AUUAUGUACAAGCGCUAUAUAUGUCAGAGGGUCAGGCCCCAGAGAAGCUGCUCAAGAAAGGCAAUGUGAGAGACAGCCAACAAUUUCCAUCCAAACCAAGGAAUUUUUCAAAAAUUAAAUUCAUCAAAGUCUAAAAUGAGAGGCAACAAGAAGGUACCAAGGAGUAGUCACCGAAACUUAGCUGGGAUUACUAAUUAUCGAAGCGUGCCAAUGAAGCCAAGUGAUCUCUCUGUUCGUCAGCUAAAAAUGAUGGCUAUGCAACUCAUGCCUUCACAGAAGCCAGAGGCACCUAUUAAUAAGACUUUUGAUCCAAAGAGGAUCUAUCAGAACGGUAUGAGCUUCUUCAAGAAGAACAGUUGCUCUAAUAAGGCUCAGUUGCGAGAAGGCGUGCAAGCCAGUAACUCAAAAUUAAGCCAAUUGAGGUUACAGAAGAUAUCUUUACAGAAGGAAAUCUUACAGAAUAGUAUUCAUCUAGAUAAUCUGUUAAGGAAUAUCUGUAAUGAAGAAGAUCAAGAAAAUAUUCCUCCUAAUCGAUCAGCUUUAAACUUGGUUUCAACAAACAAAACUUCAACAUCACCAGAAUGAACUCUCUGCCAUUGAGAAAUCCCUUCUAUUGAGCUCUCUUCUCGAGGCCUUCGUCAAAAACCCAAGUUGUUCAAAAGGCCGGGAACCGGCCUUGACCAAGACUUGGCUGGCCUGAAGAACUCCAUCAAGCUGCUGAAGAGAGGCAUCACGAAUGCUAAAUAUAGGAUUGAGAAGGAGAAGAUUAAGACUGGGCCUCUCAAGGCGAUCAACCAGUUGAUCCUCAAGGCUAACAAGCUAGUCGAUGACCACCAGCCUGAGCCUGGUGAUUCCAGGCACCAGCCUGUGAACAUCCAGGUGAUGAAUGGAAGCCAAUCAGAGAUUGGUUUCUUUUCACCUUGUAAACAGUAUUUAGAGAUCGAAGGUGAGGACGGAGAAGCCAAGCCUCAUGGAGUAGAGAAGUAGGAGAUAAGGGAUUUUAAAGUCAGAAUUUAGAUGUCAUUGUUAUUUGGAUAAUUUCA